GUCGAGAAUAACCUCCAGAGCCUUUGUUGAUGUAGUUUUCAUUACGCCCGUAAUCCCCAGCCAGCAGGCUCGUUGCACCUGUUCCAGGGGUAUAAUGUGGCACUUCUUCGAUUUUGCGAUCCCCCACACCAUAUAUUAGUAUCGGACGGAGGACACUUGUGUAGAUGGGGUCGUAAACAGUACUAUGAAACCACGUAGAAGACGGUCUUUCGUUAUUAGCAUUAUCCCUGUCAAGUAGAAGUUAUAAUUCAUUGUCCCAAGGUGUCCCAAGAAAGGGGACCCCUACUUGCGGGGUGCAACAAGUGAUAUGGUGAACUGUUUAAUUAAAAAAAUUAUGAAAACAUGUGCAAAAGGAGACCUUAAUUACUAAGAUAUUUUUUUUUAUCUUGGCAAUCAAGUAACGUUUUUAUUUCUUCAUAGAAGCGAUCAUGAAUCUACUAUCUUCCAACAUCUACCCCAACAGAAAUUAAUGUUUUUAUUGAUAUGCCUUGGUUUUAAAGCAAUUAUCAUACCAAAAAUAAAUAAAUUAUAUUACACAGAUAAGGAAUAUUGGGGUCGCUAAAAUAUCGGCUAAAUAUAAAGACAACUGCUUGAUAGCAACUCAUAAAUUUCAUUCUAAUUUUGUGAUAAUUGUACCUUUGACAACUUCAACAGAAAUCAAUAUUCAGGUAUUCUUUUAGGAAAUAUAAAGGCACAUGCAAAUAUAAAUUAACUACAAAGAUUCACAUUUAUACAUAUGUACCUAUAAUAGACGUUAUGCAUACAUAAAUGCACAACGAGCUUUCAGAUAUUAUUUUCAAUCAGCUAUAGUAGAGAAUCUUAUAUGUGAGAGACACAUAUUCUAAGGUCAUUGUUGAGAGUAUUAAUCUAUAGUGUAUUUGGUUAUUUGAUUGGUGAUACAGCGAACAAGUUUUUUGUAAUAUUUAAAAGCGCGUUCCUUUUGACCAAUGUUCUCAGUAGCCAUUUACAUACAUUUGUAUACGUACUAUUGUUACAAUAAGAAGCAGUCUUAAAUAUACUCAAUAUAAAACGCGCGUUUAUUUAUAAAGAUAUGAGAUUCCUGUUGGCUACCAUCUUAGUGUUAUGUUUGCAAAUAUGUGUUCAAAGUCAGGAUGAUUACUGCUUCGGAAAAGACACGGAAAGACCUCAGACACGCCAUUUCACAUCGAAAACAGCUUAUCAGAUAAUUAAGGGAACGAAUAUUGAAAAAGAAUACUUGGUUCCAGGAUGUAAAGCAACGAAAAUCUGGAUUUUACAUCGACAUGGUACUCGAUUGCCAACAGUAAACACUAUAAAAGCGGCUCCAAGAUUAGAAAUACUUCGAGAUGAAAUCGUAAAAAAUUACCGCGUUCGCCGCACAAAACCAGACACAAAUGCACUCUGCUUAGAAGACCUCACACUGUUAUCCAUGUGGAAGUGGAAUGCUAGUAUUAAAAUUGAUCAAGAACAGUUUUUGACUCCACAGGGAUAUGAAGACCUUAAAGGAACGGCAAAAACUUACCAAAGGUUAUAUGGUGAUGUUUUAAAUAAAAAUUACAAUAACAGCUAUUAUAAGUUCCGUCACACAGACACACAACGCACUACAGAAAGUUUUAGGGCUUUUGUGGAGGGUCUCUUUGGUGUUAAUAACAAUGUACAACCAGAACCAAUACCUGAACAGGAUUUGCUUUUACGGCCUUAUGAUUAUUGCGAAUCUUGGAAAGCUCACGACUACAGCGGAAUUUUUUCUGAGAACUAUAAAUUCAAGCAUUCAGCUGUUUGGAAUAAAACCAUUGAAGAAAUCUCAAAACGAUUGGGAUUUCAAUACCCUUUGGAGUCAAGUGAUGUUGAACUGAUGUGGGACAUGUGUCGUUAUGAACAGGCUUGGCAAGUUGAUCGCAUAAGCGCAUGGUGCGCUGUUCUUACAUCUGAACAAGUUACCGUACUUGAGUACGAAGACGACAUGAAGUAUUAUUAUAAACUCGGCUACGGUUAUAAAGAAAAUACUCGACUUAAUUGCCGUGCUGCUCAGGAUAUGUUAACGCAUCUAAACAGCAGAGCAACACCAAAUGUUGUUGCUUAUUUUGCGCACACCAGUGGAGUCCAGACCCUUCUUGCUGCAUUAGGUAUAGCAAAGGAUAGUACCCCUCUUACUGCCGCCGAUUACAAUAGAUCCGACUACAAGUGGAGAACUAGCAACUUGGAUCCUUUCGCAUCAAAUUUUUUUGCCGUAAAGUAUGAAUGUAGCGAUGAAAUACCCGAUAAGGCUAUGUUCUUUCUCAAUCAAAACGCUGUGGAAUUCGACUGGUGCGAUGGUAGUAUGUGCGAUUGGCCAGAAGUUUUAAAACAGUAUGACUUACUUUACACUACUGAUUGUAGCAAUUUUUACUGUGCGGAUGCAGGUGCUGUUUCUACAGUAACGUCGUUAUCGUUGUUGUUAUUUUGUACUUCUACAACCUUACGCUUAAUCUAUUAACGUAAAAAUAAAAAUUAAUGACAAAUGUUUUAUAAAUACUUACCAUUCUAAACCUAAGGGCAUACCCUACUAAUUAAGGCCUAAAGCAAAAGAUCUUUGGAAUUAUAUUA